UCCGGCUUUGACACCGCGACGAGCAGCCGCCUGGUGCAGGCGUGGGGUCGGGUCGCGCUCCCUCGGAACCACGCCGAGCUGGGUGCGGGCCCUUUUGCCCGGGUGGUCAAGGAAAAGGUGAUUUGGAUCCUCAAGACAUGGGAGAGUUGGUGUUUGUCUGCAAACAUCAAAACCUAAGUCCUGUAUCUGCCAUUCUUCUGGCCUUGUGAGCUCCCCUGUCGUGGGGAUACCUUCUGGGGCCCCACCCUUGGCCGACCAUGGGGAGCACCCUGGGCUGCCACCGCUCCAUCCCCAGAGACCCUUCUGACCUGUCCCACAGCCGCAAGUUCAGCGCAGCCUGCAACUUCAGCAACAUCCUGGUGAACCAGGAGCGACUCAACAUCAACGCGGCCACCGAGGAAGAGCUGAUGACUCUGCCUGGGGUGACCCGGGCUGUGGCCCACAGCAUUGUGGAGUACAGAGAAUACAUCGGCGGCUUCAAAAAGGUGGAGGACCUGGCACUGGUCAGUGGCGUGGGCGCCACCAAACUGGAGCAGGUCAAGUUUGAGAUCUGUGUGAGCAGCAAGGGCAGCUCUGUGCAGCACUCUCCCAGCUCCCUGCGGCGGGACCUGCUGGCUGAGCAGCAGCCUCAUCACCUGGCCACCGCUGUGCCUCUCACGCCCCGGGUCAACAUCAACACGGCCACCCAUGCCCAGCUCAUGAGUGUUCGAGGCCUCACAGAAAAGAUGGCCCUCAGCAUCGUGGAUUACCGCCGUGAGCACGGCCCCUUCCGCAGUGUAGAGGACCUGGUGAGGAUGGAUGGUAUCAACGCUGCCUUCCUGGACAGGAUAAGGCACCAGGUGUUUGCCGAGAAGUCCAGGCCCCCAUCCACCCACACCAACGGGGGUCUGACCUUCACCGCCAAGCCUCACCCCAGCCCCACCUCACUGAGCCUGCAGAGCGAGGACUUGGACCUGCCACCAGGGGGGCCCACGCAAAUUAUCUCCACGCGGCCCUCAGUGGAGGCCUUUGGCGGCAUGAGGGAUGGGCAGCCAGUGCUGAGGCUGGCCACCUGGAACUUGCAGGGCUGCUCUGUAGAGAAGGCCAAUAACCCUGGCGUGCGAGAGGUGGUGUGCAUGACACUCUUGGAAAACAGCAUCAAGCUCCUAGCUGUGCAAGAACUACUUGACAAAGAGGCUCUGGAAAAGUUCUGCACAGAGCUGAACCAACCGGUCCUGCCCAACAUCCGAAAGUGGAGGGGUCCUCGGGGAUGUUGGCGGUCCCUGGUCGCCGAGAAGCCCUCAAGUCAGCUCCAGAAGGGUGCUGGGUACUCAGGGUUCCUGUGGGACACCGCAGCCGGCGUGGAGCUGCGAGAUGCUCCUGGGCAGGAGAGCCCGCCCAGCAAUGGACAUGGGAGGCCCCCAGCACCGAGCCCGUACCUCGCCAAGUUCAAGGUGGGAAGUAACGAAGUGACCCUCGUGAACCUUCACCUGGCCACCCUGAGCCCCCCGGUGAUGGAGAAUCCCGGCAAGAAUCCCAGUGAUGGCCACCGGCUUGUGAGCUUGGCACAGGCCCUGCAGGGAGCCCUGAAAGGAGAAAAAGAUGUCAUCAUAUUGGGGGAUUUUGGCCAAGGGCCAGAUAGCAGUGAUUACGAUAUCCUGAGGAGAGAAAAGUUUCACCACCUCGUCCCUGCGCACACCUUCACCAACAUUAGCACCAGGAACCCCCAAGGCUCCAAGUCCCUGGACAACAUCUGGAUCAGCAAAAGCCUAAAGAAAGUGUUCACAGGUCACUGGGCCGUGGUGAGAGAAGGACUCACGAACCCAUGGAUCCCAGAUAACUGGUCCUGGGGUGGAGUGGCUUCUGAGCACUGUCCUGUGCUGGCCGAGUUCUACACAGAGAAGGACUGGGGCAAGAAGGACGGGCCUCGGGACAACACUGGGGUCACCCUGGAGCGCAGCGAAGCCAACAUCAAGCAGGAGCGAUGAUGACAGCCGCAUGGAUGUCUCCCCUGUGGUCUGGAAGGGCACAGAGGGGAGCAAGCCCUUCUCACCUCCUUCAGGACGUGCACACCUCACUCCUGCGUGGGGUGGAUGGCACUGCUUGAGGACCUCUCUAGGGCAGGCUGUGGCGGUCCCAUCAGAGCCUGGGAGAAUGUAUCACACCGAGCUCAGCAGAAGGAGUCUGGCCAUCACCAGGCUGGUGGCUGGGGGAGGACAGAUGGACAGCAGCUGAGGUAGAGAGGAGAGAGGAGAGGUGUUCUCCCGGCCACCAGUAUGCAAUGCUGUUCCAGCCGACCGCAAACUGCAGAACGCUUUUAACUGUGAUUAGCACUCUUCUCAAGGACUUUGAGUGGUGAUUUUUAGUUUUGUUUUGAAAAAAUAAACAGAUGAACCUGCCUGGC